AUGCCUGAAAGUGGGAGGAUGUUUAAAACAGAGUCGAAGAAUAUGACUGCCCCUGCAUAUAAUCUCAUCAUAAUCCAAAUUCCUGGUUUACUCGUUGGCUUCUACAAGCGUGGAAAUGUUAAAGAAAAGAUUCCUGAUAUAAAGGCAAUAGAGAAAUCGGAAUUUGACCCAUUGUCCUAUGUAGCUGGGUACGUUAUUUCGAAGAUGUAUCGAAAAAGUGAAGUUUCUGCCAGGAAAGAAACUCCAGAGCAAUUGGAACUUCAGUCCUUGCUGCUGAGCAUGAAGUCACUGCAAGACAAUGAAUACAUAGACUCUCUUUCUCGAGGAAAGCUAUGGAAUCCUUGUGAGAAUCUGUUGGCAAUAACUGCUGAAUGUGAAAAGGUGUUCAGGCAACACAGUGCUGAUUUGUUACGUGAAAUUCCGCUACAGCAGGUCAGAGCAGAUAUUUUGCAAAAGCCCAAAGUUAAAGCAUGGGAUGCUAUCCUCUCUGAUGUAAGUUUGGCUAAAAGCAAGACAUCUGUUACUGAUGUAUGCUUAGAGAACAUUAUGUUGUACAUUCGGGUGCGAUCAUUCUCUUACACGAAGAAUGUUGUAACGAAAAUGACCAUUAAAGAGAAGGUGAAGUUCCAUAAAAAGGCCCUGCGAAAAACAUUAAAGAAACAGGCAGAGUCAGCUGUAGAUAAAAGCCAGUAG